CGGAUGUAGCAGCAGCGGUCUACAGUCCACUGGCAACCAUGUAGCGCUGAGAGCAAAAACAUCUCCCCCGCGACAAGCUGAAGUGCCAUGUUCUUAUAUUCAUGUCGUUAUAAAGUAACAGCGUACAAAUAUGUGUUUCUGAGAUUAAACGGACGCUCGGAGAGGAAUUACAAGGCGAGGGAGUCGACAGUGAAACCGAAGCCUGCUAUCCAGAGGCACUACCUCCCCUCCUCGCCUGGCGAUUUGGAAGCGGACAUUUAGCUACUCUUCUGUUUUAUUAGCCAACCUUGGCGUUUUUAAUCGCUUUUAAUGGCUCCGUUUGUUUAGCUAAGCGGGUUUAAGACGCGAGAGAAGGGCGUGUAACGCAAAUUUACACCAGUGCAAGCUUAUUUGCACCGGGUCCCGUCUCCGCGUUACCGCCCCGUUUUUCCUCCUGUAGUAACGCUAACAGCACAGCAAGAAGAAAGCUGGGCAGGUUUGCUGGGUCGCGGAGUACAACCAAAAGCUGCUUUACACCAUGGGUAAUACGACCUCAUGCUGCGUAUCGUCGAGCCCCAAACACCGGAGAAACAACCACUCUAGGCUGGAGCCCUACCGGCCGGAGCCGGAGCUUAGUCGGGAGGACACGGGCUGCAACCUCCAGCACAUCAGCGACAGAGAAAAUAUAGACGAUCUUCCCAUGGAGUACAAUCCCUCAGAUCAUCCCCGCGCCAGCACCAUUUUCCUCAGCAAGUCACAAACUGAUGUUGCUGUGCUCAACAAAAGAGUUCGAGAAAAACGGAAGAGCCUUUACAUCAACCAUUUCACACACAUUUCGGAGAACAAGCAUUAUCCGGGCCCAGUGAGACGGAAAUACAGCUCAUGUUCCACCAUAUUCCUCGAUGACAGCACUGUCAGUCAGCCCAACCUUAAAUACACCAUUAAAUGCGUAGCCCUUGCGAUAUACUACCACAUAAAGAACAGAGACAUCGAUGGAAGAAUGUUGUUAGAUAUUUUCGAUGAGAAGCUUCAUCCACUCUCAAAGUCUGAGGUUCCUGCUGAUUAUGACAAACACGACCCCGAGCAGAAGCAGAUCUACCGCUUCGUCAGGACGCUGUUCAGCGCCGCGCAGCUCACUGCUGAGUGUGCCAUCGUCACUUUGGUGUAUUUGGAGAGGCUCCUGACCUAUGCAGAGAUCGACAUUUGCCCUGCCAACUGGAAGAGGAUCGUGUUGGGAGCCAUCCUCCUGGCUUCCAAGGUCUGGGAUGACCAGGCGGUUUGGAAUGUCGACUACUGCCAAAUUCUCAAGGAUAUCACUGUGGAGGACAUGAAUGAGCUGGAGCGUCAGUUCCUGGAAUUGCUGCAGUUCAAUAUCAACGUGCCGUCCAGCGUCUACGCCAAGUAUUACUUUGACCUGCGCUCGCUUGCUGAGGCCAAUAACCUCAGCUUCCCCCUGGAACCCCUCAGCAGGGACAAGGCCCACAAACUAGAGGCCAUUUCACGGUUGUGUGAUGACAAGUACAAGGACUUGAGGAAACUCGCCAAGAAGCGCUCAGUGAGCGCAGACAACCUGACAGUGGUGCGGUGGUGUCCAGCCAUCAUUUCCUAACACUGGCUGUGUGCAAAGGAGUACAUAGACCUGUACUGUAUUUCUGCCUAGUAUGCAGGCAGACCAGGUAGGCAGCAGUCCUGCGGAUCAGUGUCAGUCUGGAAUAUGCUCACAUACACACAUCCCUUCAACAAUCUGGCACUUUUACAAAUGUGAUUGCACCCUGUUGUACAUAAAAGAAGUCCUGUUGGCUGCCUGCACUGAUCCAAACGGGGCUAAGCUGAACCAAACUGAACGUCGUUGGAAUGAAGAACCCUAACUGCAGAAGAUAAGCAGCCAAGUGGAAAUACAGAAGUAGAGAGAGAGACUGUGUCCAGUCAGGAAAUUAAAAUAGGAACAAGCUUAAAAAGCAAAAUACAGGACAUAACAGCAGCAACAGCUUUCCAUAAUUCCCUCCAAUGCUCCAGUGGCUUGUACAGCUGAUUGAGGGGAGGCCGUGUACAUUCCUUUGAUUUUAAUCCUCUGGUUCAGUCCAGCACCUUCGCUGAAGCAUGAGAUGAUCUUUUGACAGUUUAUGGACACAUUUCAAAUUUUACUUCAAUUUCUCAGUUCGUUUGUACUUUGUAGGUGUUUGUUCCUUUGCGUUCCCACGCAGCAGCUCCCUCUCUUUGCAGAUUCAAGCAUAUUCGAUGGCAAGACUUUCCACCAUUAGCUUAGCUGUACAGUUGAUACAUGGACUACAUACCGUCAGCCCUUCUUGACAAACAGAAUCCACUGAGUGGUCAUUUAGAUUGGGACCAUUUGACUGAAGUUUUCAUCAGGAUAACUGGCAUGAAAAAAAAAAAAAGUCAAUUUUUAGCUCAAGGGCACUUAUUCAACAUGUAGAGAUUCAGUUGCAGAAUCGUAUCUUUGACAGCAAGGCCACCCAGCCAUCAUUCAGAUAAAGCAAUAUUCAUGCAUCGCUUUGUUAUUGACACGAAAUAUAACAAAGCAUGCGUACAUGGGAGGAGAUAUACUGGAAGACAGAAAUGAGACAUACUGUAGAGCUUAUGUUGUACUUUAUUCACUGCCAUUGCCCUGACCUGUGGUGCCUGUAAUAAGCUAGUUAAACAGUUCUCCCCUCUCUGCUGGAGAAAGAAAGAACAAAUAACUCUGAAGUAUUUUUUUCCUCUAACAUUUUGUACGGUUCUUCCAACUUACAAAGUAACAGCACAAGUGGAAAUAUUGAUUUAAGAUGCCACUAAAUGCAUGAGCCUUCAGGGUCGUCACAGACUGAAAUGAAUGAAAAACUUUGGGUGAUGAUUGAAACACUGCUUACAAAAUGAUAGAUUGUAUACAUUUUUGCUAAAUUGUCUUUGUACAGUGUACAUACAGCGCCAGCGUGUGCAAAAUCUGUAAACUGAGGUCAUAAUGUAAAAAAACAAAAACAAAAAAGAAUGAGGUUAGAAUAUUUAUAUGGGAUCAGUUUAUACUGUACAUGGGGGGCAGAUCUGUCUGAUUAUGUGUUUCUAUGUCAAAUCAAGUAAAGAAAAGAGUGAAGUGUUAAGAUUCAAAUAGGAGAUACCACUUGAGAAUUUUUGUCUCUUGUCAGCAAAUUCACAUUGCAGAAAAUGCAAUUUUUUUUGUGUGACAUAAUGUAUAUGGUAUAGAGAUGAUACAUGACAAUUAAAGCUCAUUUUAUGAUUAUUUUUUUUUCUUUUUGUAAUUUUCUAUGGGGCCCUAAAAUUGGCAAGAUGUAGUAAAAGGUUAUCAGGUAAUUCAAAAGUAUGACUUAAUACAUAUGCAUCCAUUUUCUUCAGUUUAUUCAAUUCAGGGUUGUGGUUGGGGACAAAUUAUCAGCUGCCAUAGGGCAAGAGGCCCUCACCGGGUUGCCAGUCUGUCGCAGGACAGAUGAGCAUUCAUACCUAUGGGCAACUCCAUAGGUGUGACCUGACCUACCUAACCCCACGUCUUUGGACUGUGGGAGGGAACCAGAGUAUCUGGAGAAAUAUGUCCAUUUGAGACUUUAUAUGUGAUAGUUUAUUUUGUUUACACAUAUCAAUAACCCUCCUUUUGGCCAAAUUUGAUCUGUUUCAAGAUCAAAUAUAUAAAAAUGUAUAUAUAUUCCUUUUAAUUGGAGCAAGACGUAAAAGCUUAAAACACACCAAAAAAGCCUGGUUAUUUUUAUUUGAUUCAGACUGUAUAUAAAAGAUGGAAAUAACUUCCAGGUCUGAAAAGUGAAACCGAUGCAGAAGUGCCUUAAAGCUGCAUUCUAUCUCAUGGCCAGCAGGGGGCAACUUCACCAACUAAUUGGUGAUGUGUGGCUGCAUGAAAAUUACGUGUCUGCAGGACAUUUUCAUGCGUUACUCUUGGCAGUUUAAUUUUUGGGGUGCUGAUUACACAUGCUGUCCAGCUAACAAAUAAAUGUAACUACAUUUUUCUUUUGACUGAUCAGCUGAUCGGUAAGAAUAUAUGAUAAGCAUUUUGUUGUUGCCAAAUAACUGGUGUUGAAAGGAAAAAUGUAUGUUUUCUUUUUUUCUACAAUAUUUGCUCAUUUUUUUCAGUAUCAUCUUUGAAUCAUCUGAUAACCUUUCGCGAUAUUAGUACAGCUGUCAUAAACAGUAUUUUCAUAGACGGCUGAUAAGUUCUUUUUUUUUUUUCUCUUGACCUUUUUUCCUUGACUUUUUUUCUUUAAAGCAAAACCAUAAAAUAUACAAGGAUGUAGUAUAUGAAUGGCUGUUUGCUUUAGGAUCAGCUGGACUCUUUACUUCUCCAAAUCAGUGGAUAGACAUAAUCAUGAUGUUACCUGAAAAUGUCUUACAAAAAAAAAAAAAUAUAUAUAUAUAUAUAUAUAUAUAUAUAUAGCUUUUAGUUUUUUCAUGAAAUAAAAAGGUCAAGAAAAAUAGGUCCAGUUUCAAAUGUGACAUCAGUUUGUGUUGUGCAUUUCAUCGAUAACCUCCGGGACUGUCAUUCUAAGCUACCAGAAAAAUCAGACAUUUCCGACCCUGGCCUGCAGGUGUGCAGAGGGGCAGAACUGUACCAAAGUCAUGGAGAAAUGAAGGAUGCUCUGACACGGAGUCUGAUCUUGGAAAGAGAAGUGCUUUUUCUUUUUUUUGCGUGGUGCUCUGAAUGGCUGGUAAAUAUAAAAGUGCGAAAUGUGUCUUUGGGGAAGUUAAGAUUCUGGAGUAGCUGUCGUGAGAUAUUCAAAGAUUGUAUAUCCUAUUUAUUAUAUGUGUGUGUACAUGCAGCCCGGCGUGGUUUUGUCUGCACACAGAAAGAAGCUGUGUGCUUGACUGCGGUGAGUCCUGAUGUGGAACACGUACCCCUCCGACAGCAAAGACCUCUGGGCCUGUGGCGCUCUGUCGGCCGGUUACUCGGUGUGUGUCAUAGCCUUGUGCACUGAGCUCUACCUCUGCAUAGAGUUUAACUUUUUUUUUUCUUUUUUCUUCUUCCUCUCUAAUAUGACAUUUUUCAAAUUUGACAAAUACAACUUUGAUCAUGAUGGCAGCAAACUGCUGCAGCUGUGACACUUUUUUUGUUUUAUUUUUUCAUCAAUGGAUAUUUUCAACAAGUUGUACUGUAUUCUGUUGUAAAUGUCAGUGUAUUAUUUCCUCUUCAGUGUGUCAGUCAUUUGUUCCUGUUCUGAGUUGCCAAACUCCUUUUCACUGUAUGUUUUCAACUAUGAUUUAAAGAACUGCUCCCAUUUUAGAAAAAGAAAU